AGCCCCCGGCCGCUUCCGCUCUCACGCAAGCGCAGCAGCCGGGCAGCGGACGGCGCCGGCACGAUGGUCCUGGACAGCGUGGCCCGCAUCGUGAAGGUGCAGCUGCCCGCCUACCUCAAGCAGCUCCCGGUCCCCGAGAGCAUUACCGGCUUCGCCCGGCUCACAGUUUCAGAAUGGCUCCGCUUGCUGCCCUUCCUCGGCGUGCUUGCACUCCUUGGCUACCUUGCAGUCCGUCCCUUCUUCCCGAAGAAGAAACAGCAGAAGGACAGCCUGAUUAAUCUGAAAAUACAAAAAGAAAAUCCCAAGGUGGUGAACGAAAUAAACAUUGAAGAUCUAUGUCUUACUAAAGCAGCUUACUGUAGGUGUUGGCGUUCCAAGACGUUUCCCGCCUGUGAUGGGUCCCAUAAUAAACAUAACGAGUUGACAGGUGAUAACGUGGGUCCACUCAUACUGAAGAAGAAAGAAGUAUAACAGUAGCCAUUUGUGAUGGAAACUCUUGUAAUAUUUCUCAUUUGUUGUGUACAAACAAGUCUUUGGAAGUUUUAACUCUCGGUACUGGUUGAAUAAUUAUUUCUGCCAAUUAUUUUCUUGCUACACUACUACUUAUAUUUGAUACUUUAUAUAUUUAGUCAUUUAUAUAGAAAUCAAAUGGUCAUCUCAUUCUGGAAUCAAGAGCUACUGUGUCUUUCAACAAUAAAGUCAGUACUUCGAAUUUUAAUUAAUUGGGACGUUAAAGUUUGGCCAUGGGCCAAAAGUUAUUUCUUUGCAUAUCAGUAUUUCAACAGAAUGUAUAUAUUUUUAAAAAAUUCUCCCCUGUUAUGUUAAAUGUAUUUUUGUACUGUUUUGUUUUGCUCACUUAAAGUAGUUUGCCAUUCUUUGGUAUUUGUGAAACUCUGCUGUUUUUAGAUGAAUUAUGAAAAAUAUUGCCAUCAAGAAUUUCCUUUGAGGCAAUAAAAUCCUUUGUGUUAUAGAGA